AAUGAGCAAGUUAUAUUUUCCAGCGCUGGACUUAGUUUUAGAAUUGAUUUACUAGACGAUAGUGGACGAAGGUACGGCAGCAAACAAUGUCACCUCAUAUCUUCUUCUUGGCGUCCUUGCUCUUGCUAACGGCAACUUUUACAGAGAGUCGAAGACUGCGUCACCGACAACACUCAUACAUGGCGGCAGAUGAGGAGGCUCCAAGUGAAUCCGUGGGGAACACCACAGGCUGCGACAAGAGACCUGUUCUGAUGACCAAGGCGCACGGUACGCUAAGGUCGCCGGGAUACCCCCGGGUCUACUCGAACAAUCAGCGGUGCACGUGGCACAUCAGCGUGCCGAGGGGCUACCGAAUACGCAUUCGGUUCCGACGACAAUACGACAUAGAGGAAUCGUCUCAAUGCAACAAGGACUAUGUAAUGAUGUCACAAAGCAGACACUUUAGGGAUCCUUUAAUAUUUUGCGGUAGAAGACGACCCAAUGGGAUCCUGACGCCUAAGAAUAACGUGUGGGUACGGUUCAAGUCCGAUGAGGGUGGAAAUGGGAAAGGAUUCCUGGCUCUUUACUCUGCAGUUGAUGAUAACGAGUGCGAGCGUCCAGUAUGCAGCUUUCCGCGGCUCUGCCGUAACACUCUCGGGAGCUACGCGUGCGAUUGUCCUGAAGGCUACGAAAACAGAGGAAGGAGGGACUCGGACAAAUGCGUUGAUAUCGACGAGUGUGGAUCGGGUGCUGCUCGGUGCGAUCAUAAAUGCGUGAAUACGGAGGGUAGCUAUCAUUGCCGGUGUCGGAAAGGGUAUACGCUCGCACCAGACGGGCACGAGUGUCAAGCAGACUUGAAUGAAUGUAACAAUAAAAACAAGUGCAGUCACUUCUGUCGCAAUACGCGCUCCUCCUACCGUUGUUGGUGCCCGAAGGGAUUCCGACUGCACUCCGACAAGAGAACAUGCUAUCCAGAGAUAUCUUUCUUCAGUAAGCAACAUUCGGCCGAAGUGAGAGAAAACUCCAGGCGCGGUGCGUACGUCACGACCGUCAGAGCCGUGUCCUUCUCCAAACCCCGCAAAAUCCGCUACGAGUUGAUCGCCGAGAACCUUCUCCCCCCCACACACUUCACCAUCGAGGAGACGACAGGAACCAUCACGGUCGCAGGCGAUUUGGACAGGGAGGAGAAAGAUAGCUACCUCCUCGAAGUUGGGGCGGGGCUUCAGUACCCCAACGGGACUUUAAGCCGCGUGGCCCGGACAUACGUCAUGGUCAAAAUUUCGGACGAAAAUGAUAAUUAUCCAAUUUUUGGUCUCCCAUCGUACCACGUGCGCGUCCCAUGUAACACCACCGCGGGGAGAACCGUGUAUCGCGUGACCGCGAUGGACCGUGACCUUGGUGAUAAUGCUAGGAUCCGGUACAGACUCCAGCCUAAGAACAUGUAUUUCACUAUUCUACCACACACGGGGAAAAUACGGGUCACGCAAGACCUGCACAGGUUUUGCAACAUGCGACCCGCGCGUGGAUUCACGUUAUCGGUUCUCGCUCGCGAUUACGGCAAACUUCCGGAGACCGCGCAUGCGUGGAUGUAUAUAGAGGUCACGCCACCCGGGACUUUGUCACGUGAUGUGUCACAGAUGUCGGCACGGUUCCUGGACCCUCGGCAUAGUGGAGGGACGGACACGAUCAGUAGGCGAAAGAUGCGCGAAGCAGAUGCGCAUAGGUAUUCAGGCAAGCGGAAAGGAUAGAGGACAAAUCUGUACACUUGUGGCAAGUGAGAAAGAAACGGAGAAACAUUUAGCACAAGUCGUAGCACGAUGACACGAGCUGACAAGAUAGACAAAGAACACGACACGCGAAAGACACAGAACACGACACGCGAUAAACACAGAACACGACACGGGAUAACAUGACAUUGGCAAAAAAAAAGACACGCGACCCUCGACAAACGGUAUCACGAUAGGCACAGAACACGACACGCGAUAGACAGAAUAUGACACGGGAUAACAUGACAUUGGCAAAAAACACGACACGCGACCCUCGACACGCGGUAUCACGAUAGGCACAGAACACGACACGCGAUAAACACAACACGACACACAAUGGACAGAGCACACGACACAGGAUUACAUGACAUUGGCACAAAACACGACACGCGAUUGAUAUACAGUACAUACGAUACAAAGCUACACUAAAACCAAAAGCUCUCCGGAAAGAGUAGUUCCCACACAGGCGACGUAUCGAGAAAGCUUUUAAUAGAAAUUGUGACUGGUGCAGUAGAUAGACGUGUUAGUGAAACAGAACAUAAAGAAAAAGGAUGUAAUUAUUCAUUAAGUUAAAUUCAAAAGGAAAGGAAGAGCUUUUAUAGAUUAACAAUUUCUUUCGAGGAUGAGAGGUGAGAGUAGGGGAACUUAGAAACAUGUAAAAUGUACAUGAAAUGUACGUAGGGACACGUAUGGUGAAUGAGGGUCACUGUGCACAACAUUUAAAUGUUUCAAGGUAUAAAGAUAUGUUACUGUGUACGGAGUAAGAGCUAUUUUCUAGUAUUCUAUGCAGUAUGUAGAUAGUUUUAUAAGAUGUAGUUUUGUUAAUUAAGCAUUGAAGACUUUACUGCAGAAUGGCGCAGUGAAAUAUUUGCAGAGGAUAAUUUGUAGAAUGUAAGUUGCAAUAAGUAAAAAAACACUGUGGUUUUGUUA